GGGGAGGGUUGAACAGGGAGGUUUCUGGAUGCUUCUGGGGCGGCUCAGAGGCGCUAGUCCUCAGUAAGGAGGGCCUGGAUGGGCUUUGGAGGAAGCGCACCGUGUCCUCUCCUCCCUGCCCCUCCUCGGCUUUCUUUUGGGUGGCUUUCCUCUUUCACCACCCUCUCCUUUCUGAACCCCAGGAGGGGCAGAGUGUGAGUGUGGGGCCAAGCUGGAGAAUGCCCUGAUAAGCCAUGGGCUCCCGCAGCAGUAGCAACGCUGGCUCUGGGGGCCGGGAGAACCAAGGCGGCUGGUCUCAGAGGGACUCGGGCAUCGUGCGCGGCCAAGACGAGGACGACGAGGAUGUGGAUCUGGCCCAGGUACUGGCAUACCUACUGCGCAGAGGACAGUUUCACCUCAUGCAGGGAGGGGGGGCAGCCAGCGCCCGGGUAUUCCAGGCUGUUUCGGAUUCCGACGACGACACUGACAGCGCUUGGGAAGGACGUUUAGGAGACCAGUACAAACCCCCAGUGGAUUUGACCCCAGACACACGGGAACUGGAGUACAACGAGAUCAAAACACGCAUCCAGUUAGCAACCGGCAGACUUGGGCCUGGGCGAGGCGCCUGUAGCAUCCCAAGGCUACUUUGCCAGAGGGAGCGAGGCCUUUGCCAUAACAGCAGCUUCUCAGCCGGGGAAUGUUCGCGGAUCGUGUCACACUUCCUUCCCAAUCACCUGACCAUCACAGACUCCUAUUCGCAGAAAGCCUUCUGCGGAAUCUAUUCCCGCGAUGGGCAACUCUUUAUGUCUGCUUGUCAAGACCAGCGAAUCCGCUUGUACGACUGCGCCUACGGAGCCUUCCGGAACAUCCGGAGUAUCAAAGCCCGAGACGUAGGCUGGAGCGUGCUGGACGUCGCCUUCACCCCUGACAGGACCCACUUCCUCUACUCCAGCUGGUCUGACUACAUUCACAUCUGCAACAUCUACGGGGAGAGCGAGACCCAGACAGCCCUGGACUUGAGGCCCGACGAACGCCGCUUCGCCGUCUUUUCCCUGGCGGUCUCCUCAGAGGGAAGGGAAGUGCUUGGCGGGGCCAACUACGGCUGUGUCUACGUGUUUGACAUGGAGCAGAAUAAGCGGACGCUUAAGAUCGAAGCCCACGAAGACGACGUGAAUGCCGUCGCCUUUGCAGACAACAGCUCCCACAUUGUCUUCUCGGGGGGCGACGACGCCAUCUGCAAAGUGUGGGACCGGCGUACCAUGCGAGAGGACGACCCCCGGCCUGUGGGGAUCUUGGCAGGCCACCAGGAUGGUAUCACCUUCAUCGACAGCAAAGGAGAUGCGCGCUACCUCAUCUCCAACUCCAAAGACCAGACCAUUAAGCUGUGGGACAUGCGCAAGUUCUCGGGCCAGGAGGGCUUGGAAGCCUCCCGCCACGCUGUCACGCAGCAGAUUUGGGAUUAUCGCUGGCAGCAGGUGCCCAAAAAAGCCCGACGUAAAUCAAAACUUCCAGGUGACACAUCUCUCAUGACCUACCGGGGCCACGGAGUCCUGCACACCCUGAUCCGCUGCCGGUUUUCCCCUCCUCACAGCACUGGGCAGCAGUAUAUUUACAGCGGCUGCUCCACCGGGAGGGUGGUAGUCUACGAUCUCCUGAGCGGCCUCAUUGUGAAGAAAUUGAUCAAUCACCAAGCCUGCGUCCGGGAUGUGAGUUGGCAUCCGUACGAGGAGAAGAUCGUCAGCACCUCGUGGGAUGGAAACAUCUGCCUCUGGGAGUAUCACCAAACAGACUACGAUGAAGACGAUCUCGGCGACCCCCAGCAGCUUUUAAGCGCCCGAGAAAAGUACCCCAGGCUAGCUGGCACCCCACACCAGUAGCCUUUUCCCCUGGCCGGUUGGGACUCCAGUUUGGGACUCGCUCAGGGCCGAGAGUGGGGGGGGGGGAAUUAACGUCUUGCAUUGCCAAUAGUUCAAGGGGUUUUUGCCCGGGCAGGGGGGAAAGCUUUGGGCGAACCCUGCCACCCCUCUGGAACUGACCACUCUUCCCUCGCCGAAACCUUGGGCGCAAACCGGCUCCAGGACACGGAUCGUCCUUCCGUGCGCGGAUCCCAAGGAUAGCGACUCCUCCGGAGGUCUUUCGUCUGCGCCGGGCCUGGGUUCUGCAGCCCUCCGGAUGAGCUGAGGACGAAUCCUGGUCUUGAGGAGAGAAUGGCUGCCAUUGACAUUCACAUCUGGGGGGGGGGAGCCUGGCGCCGGUUGCCUCUGAGGGUCCUUGGAAGGGAACCUACUAUUUUUUGGGGGGUGCACAGAAUCAUGAAGGGGAAGUCACCCCAAGAGCGGUCGGUCCUAGCUAGCCUGGCCAGUUCCCUCUCCCUUAGAUGUUCUCAGCAAAGCCAGGAUUCGUUGGCCACCUUGGCAAAAAAAAAAAAAAGGGGGAUGCAACGCACCUCAGUAGUUACAAGACUUGAACCUCGGUCUGGAGCUUAUCAGGGAAUGGGAAAAUAUAUAUAUAUAAUAAAUCCACUUUUUCCUCCGGAUCUGAGCUACCGAGAGGCCCACUGGCGUUAAGGGCAGCUGCAGUUGGCAGCUGCCGAUACAGGAGAUUUCCCUGCAAGAUCCCUGGCGCUCCGAAGUUUUCCUUUGGGGUCAGUUGAAAGCCACCCCACCCCAUUCUUGCUGACCCCCUAGGAGGCUCGGGGGGGGGGGCGGGCUUGCGGGAUAUUCGUAGGGCCGCACAAAAGAUGUCAGCAGCUUCUAGAGAUUGUUAGCCCCCCCCCCCAAAAUCAGGAGUCUCUUUCUCUCCCUUCUCUGGGGGGGGCAGCCCUCCUUGGAAGUGGGGGGGGGCAAGCUUUGCUGUCAUCUUUAGCCUUAAAAGAUGUCCCCCAACUUGGCCCUUUCUGGGGGGGGGCUAACUACAUCCUCGGCUCUUGUUCCGAAACGCUCACAGGCGGGGGUCUCGCCUGCUCUAUAAAUAUAACAGUGAGGCUUCUGCAAGGGGGGUGUGUGUGUGUGUGUGUGUGUGUGUGUGUGUGUGUGUGUGUUUUUAAAUGAUGGAAGGGGUGAGCGAGAAGUGCCACGUGUCGCUUCUCUGUGUGUGAGAGCUGAAGAAAUCCUUGUUUGUUUUCUCCAGUUGGAGAAGGAGACCCCCCCCUUCUUUCCCCGGGGUCCGGCCUUCUGCGGUAUGGGGGGGGGGUACGGGUGCCGUGCUGAGGCUCCCUUCCAAAUCUAGGUUUUUGUAGAAGGGGAGGGCCCGGCCCUCUCCCGUUUCAGGGGCGAUGGAAACGUCUGUCCGUCUUAAUAAAAGUGGUUCGAAUUUGA